UUCUGAUCCUUUACCGGCACCAUGGCGUCCUCUGCUAACGCAUUAAACAAGCUGCCGCCCAUCCAGUCCACGGCCGGUGCCGUACCGGUGCGCAAUGAGAAAGGUGAAAUAUCCAUGGAGAAAGUCAAAGUUAAGCGCUAUGUUUCUGGUAAAAGGCCUGACUAUGCUCCAAUGGAGUCCUCUGAUGAGGAAGAAGAGGAGUUCCAAUUUAUUAAAAAGGGAAAGGAGCAGGAGGUUGAGCAGGAGGAACAGCCAGAAGAGAGCACCAGCGACCCUCGUUUACGAAGAUUGCAGAGCCGUAUGAAUGAGGAUGUGGAAGAAAGGUUGGCCAGGCACCGAAAGAUUAUUGAGCCUGAAGUAGUUGGUGAAAGUGAGUCCGAACCUGAGCCAGCAGAGGAUUGGCGCAUGGAUCGAGAGGUUACUAGUGAGGAGGAAGAGGAAGAAGUAGAUGAUGAGGAAAUAGAGCAGCGCCGUUCCAUGAUGCGUCAGAGAGCUGCAGAGAGAAAAAAUGAGGAGAUGGAAGUGAUGGAGGUAGAGGAUGAGGGGAGGUCAGGAGAAGAAUCAGCAUCAGAGUCUGAAUAUGAAGAAUACACUGACAGUGAAGAUGAAAUGGAACCACGACUCAAGCCAGUGUUUAUCCGAAAGAAAGAUAGAGUCACCGUGCAGGAAAAGGAAGCUGAGGCGAUAAAGCAGAAGGAACUGGAUGCAGAGGCAAAACGGAUGGCAGAGGAGAGAAGGAAAUACACCUUGAAGAUUGUAGAGGAGGAAACUAGGAAGGAGAUUGAAGAGAAUAAGCGAUCCUUGGCAGCCCUUGAUGCCCUUAACACAGAUGAUGAGAAUGAUGAAGAGGAGUAUGAAGCCUGGAAAGUAAGAGAGUUAAAGCGCAUCAAGCGAGAUCGUGAAGAGCGAGAGGCGAUGGAAAAGGAGAAGGCAGAGGUUGAUCGCCUUCGUAAUAUGACAGAUGAGGAACGACGGGCAGAGCUGCGUGCAAACGGCAAGAUAAUAACCAACAAGGCAAUGAAAGGAAAAUACAAAUUUCUGCAAAAAUAUUACCACAGAGGUGCAUUUUUCCUGGAUGAAGACGAGAACGUUUAUAAAAGGGAUUUCAGUGCACCCACCUUGGAGGAUCAUUUUAAUAAGACUAUAUUACCCAAGGUCAUGCAGGUCAAGAACUUUGGUCGCUCAGGUCGGACAAAAUAUACUCACUUGGUUGAUCAGGAUACCACUUCAUUUGACUCUGCAUGGGGCCAGGAUAAUCCGCAGAACACAAAGUUCUUCAAACAGAAGGCAGCAGGAGUAAGGGAUGUGUUUGAGAGACCAUCUGUGCAGAAAAGAAAGACAACAUAAACUAUCCAUGGCUGUGGGGACUUGUUCAUUUUCUUUUGGGAUGAAAAGUACUGCAGCUCAUGAGAGGGAGUUAUUGGUUCAAGAACCAACAUUACUUGCACAUACUGUGUAUAUAUACUUUGCAAGUAAUGUGUGUUUUAUUUUUUAAUGUGUGAAUAGAUUGUUUGGUUUUCCAAGCAGCGGAGAAACCCAGCUUUAUUUUCCACAGAUUUUCUGAGAAUGAUAUAAAAGGUGUUUUUUAGCUAAACCAUUUUGACAUUCAGGAACACUGAAACGGAGACGAGAUUUGCUAAUGUUUGUAAAUAAAUCAGUUACUCUGUAUACUUUAUAGCUUGUAACGAUUUGUUUGUAUGACCUUAUAAACUUAACAGUCCCAUGAAAUUAUUUUUUGUUUCUACAAUUCUACAGUUCAGAAAUGCAAUGCAGAACAAAAGGCCUUGCAUCGCACCUUGUGUGAUGCAAGACCUUGUAUUAGUCCAUGUGCUAUAAGUGGCAAAGAGCUGCCUAUAUGUACAGUCAUUUACAAUCAGAACAGCAUUUGUGUUGGCCUCUUUUUUUAUAAUUACAGCCAGUCAUUUGCACGUCUGUUUUUGUGGUUGUAAGGGAUAAAGAUAAUUCUAUGAUUUAUCCAGCACUAAUCCCUCUGAAUUUUCAUAUUGUAGAUCUUAAAGGGAAAAGUAUACUUUUUUUCUGUUCUAUCAUUAUCGCCAAUAAGAUAAGUAAUCCUACAAAAAACAGAGAUCAAUAUAAUUCAAAUCAGUCCCUUCCCCAGUAUAGCUUAGAAUCUGAGGUCCCUAUCGCACACUCAAUAUAAAGAGCCAGUUUACCUUCCUGUAUGUAUUUGGCACAGAUUCCAUAAGGAAUCUAGAUUGUGUCUCCAUAACAUGCAUUUAAAAAAUAAAAGAUCAAAUAGAGGUACAAA